GAGCCCGGGGCGGUCCGGAAACCCCGGCGCUCCUCCAGGCGAAAGAGGGAGCCUAUAAAAGGCUGGGGGCUUUUCCCUCCUCUUUCGCUCCGAGCUGUCUCUGGGCGGGGAGGCGGAGCGACGCCUUCCUUGGCGCGUUUCUCUCCAGCCGGGCCGCCAGUGCAGGGACCCGACAGCGCCGCCGCUGCUGCUGCCCUCUUUCCUCCGCGCUCGCUGCAAACGCCAUGGCUGUCUGGAGCGGCUCCGACGCCAACGCGGGAGGUUCGGCCCGGCCCAGCUUGACUUCGGUCUCGUCGGGGGAGCUGCAGAGCCUGCGGACGUGCAACUGCGAGCUGGCCGUCGUGCCCCUGCGGCAGCUGCUGCUCUUGCAGCCCGACUCUUUCCAGCUGAAGGGGGACACGGUGGCCGUGCUGAACCCGCCCAGCCGGCGGCCCAGAGGGGGCUUCACGGUGAUCAGCGACGGCUCCCUUGUCGUGGACGGGCAGCGCCUCUGCCGCCUCACCGGCUACUUCAAGAGACAUGUUGUACUCAAUACCCACUAUGACUACAAAAACUACCGAGAGACUAUAUUGGGCCGUCCGCUGGUAUUCUUCAUUAAUGUUCGAACAAAAUAUCACUCUUCAAAAGAAAAAACGUAUGCUUUGUUGGUGAACACUCGGCACCCUAAAAUGAGAAGACAGAUAGAGAAUGGCAUGAAUGAUAUUAUAUCCUCUGUGUUUGGAGAAAGCUACAAACUUAAGUUUGAUUUUCAAGACGCUGUAAAGAAAUUCUUUCCUUCAGGAACCCACCUGGUUAAUGGAGAAAACUUGAGCUUUUCCUACGAGUUUAAAUCUGAUGCUUUAUUUGAUUUCUUUUAUUGGUUUGGGAUCAGCAAAAACACCAUCUCAAUGAAAGGGAAAGUUCUUAAUUUGUCAAGUACUAAUCCAGAGAAGAAGGAAAUGAUAAUGAAGUUUCUGGAUAAAAUGAGCGAACCUAGUCUACGUUCUAACAGCUUUUCAGACAGAAAGUUUAGUGUUACCUCCAGAACUUCAGUAGACGACGUGUUCAACAGCAGCUUGACGCCUCAGUCAGUUUUUAUGGAGUCGCCUUUCACAGUCUGGACAAUUUCAGCAGUUCAAGAGUCUGAAGACUGACUGAAUAAAGUAGUCAAGUUUGCAUAAAUGGAAGAAAUGCAUUGGAGGAUGAAGGGAUACAUGUUGGUCGAACCAUAUUGCAGAAGCACAGGGAGUUACCAGAAGGAAAUUUUGUUCUUUCAUUUGCUGCCUAAAAUAGAAGGCUUUUGUAUUUCAGCCCUUUUCCUUGCUUGAGCAGAAAUCUUCACUGAUUCUUCAUAUGGCACUCCUGGAGUUGACUCUCAGCAUUAUAAACUGUUUGCCCAUUGCCGAGCUUUUUCAGGAGAAGCUGUUUCACUUGAAUACAGAUCCAGAGAACUGAUUAGAGUGGUUAGAAUAUCCAUUUUCAAGUUUUAAAUUUAUUCUUGAAAUUGUAAGCUGUAAUCAGCUUAUUUAAUUAUUGCUAGAAUGCUCAUCAUUGUGACUGAUACUGGCUUUUAAAAAUAUUGAAUUCCUUUAAUAGCCUUUGAAAAAAUUCAGUUCAAAUAUUACAAACUAAAUUUACUACAGUCUUUAAAGUAGUGCAGACUGGUGGUUUGAAAGAACUGUUUGACCCAAGCACUGUUUUGUUUAAUAAAAUGUAUGAAUUUUUCACAAAACAUUACAACAAAACAACAACAAAAAGGAUACAGGGGAAAAGAUACUAAGUACACAAACACAAAAUAGAUGGAUCUGCACUGAUUAUCAGUUGUAUUAAAAGAAAGUAAAGUACAAUCAAAGAUUUUUUAAAAUCUUGAAAUUACCCAAUCUUUUCUGCAAUCACAUAAAAACCCCCAGAUCUGGUCCAAAAAAACAAAACUUCUUGUAAACACUCUCUGCAAAGUAAAGAUCAAUUAAUAAGCCACUGAAGUCUUGAUUUUUACAAAUCGUGCCUCUGUGAGAAUAUGCCAUAUUCCACCGGUACUACAGGCUAGUUUGUACUCAUCUUGUGUUUCAACCUAAUCAUGGCAAUUCUUAUAUGAGUUUCUUUUUAAAAAAAAAUCUCAUGAUAGCAUAUAGUAUUUUCCGAUUUUCUGGCAACUCCUCUCUUUGCUAUUUAUAUCUCAGGAGAUCAGUGGAGUGGGUGAAAGAGGAAGCUUUUUGAUCUAAGUCGGCUUUAUAUUCUCCUGUUGGUUACCUUGGUGUCGGUGCAUAAUGCCAUCCUGUCAUACAGGGUAGUCAGUGCCGCAAGAGGUCUAUCUAAUUGCCCACACCUGUUCUUCUGAAGUUAAUGGCAUCAUUGUGUUUGAAAGCAAUGGUAAAACCAGACCAAUCAGUGUGUCGCUUAUUUAGCUAAGCCUUUUUUGGGUAUGUGUUGAGAUGUGACAUUGUGGCCUGAGAUACAACCACGGUGAUGGAGUGCCUGCCUUAGAAAAUCUCAAGUUCUUCCUUUCAGCUGUAGUACUCACACAUAUUGCCCUCUUUUUCCUAUGCUCGGUGGUAGUCUGUACAAUACACAUACUGUAGUAUGGAUUUUCAUGAGUACUAAAUUUCUCCUAACAUACACAUUGCUAUGUUUACAAAGAUUCUACUGUCCCAAGAGCAAAUGGCCUAAUUUACUUCUUUGAUUCUGCUCUUUUAGGACUUGUCACUUUCACUGGGGUGUGGGAAAUACCCUGUGCAUGAAGGAGGGCUAUGCGCCUGGGAACAAAUGUCCAAAAAGAAGGGAUAUAAUUUGGAGCAUAUAUAAAUGCAGACUAUGACUUUGAGAUGAAUGAUCUUUGAGUCUAAAAUAAUUUUAACUUCUGAUGUAGUAAGAGGUUCCAUACUAAAACUCAGUAAUGUAUUUGCAUCUUCCAAACUGGAACAGGUAACAUGAUGUACAGAAAUAGAAAUUUUUACAGAGGACAUCUUAAACUUUCCCUGUUCCAUGCCGCAUCAACACCAUUUUUGUAUAGCUAAAGGACAUGGAAAUGCUUGCCUUAUAUGUCUUGAGGAAAUGAUGUUUAGUGUAACUGUAUUAAGGUUAUUACUGUAAAGGAGUUUUUAAAAACUACUACUUUAGCCUUGCUUGUCAGGAGAAUAGAAUGCAUAUGAGUGGAAAACAUGAAUCCAGGAACAAUUGUGUUCAUUUUUUUCCAUGAUCCUAUUGAAUGCAUUUAGAAUAUUUUAAAUAUGUAAACAUUUUUGAAAAUUACUUGGCAAAGUCACUUUAUAAAAAAAAAGUAGCCUAUUCGGUGCCUUGUGUUGAAAAAAGUCAAUAAAAGGAGAUUUGGCAUA